GCCGGCCGCAGCUGGUCGCAGUGCAGUGAUCUGUUCGUGUGCUGUGCUGUGUGUGUGUGACAUGUGGAGCGUCGUGGGCCGCUGCGUGUGGGCGUCGGCCCGCCGCCAAGGAAGUCGCUGCCUCGCGUCUUCCUCAGCCGCCGCCCCCUCCAGGGUGAUCCAGUCCCCGCUGGGCGAGGUGCAGGUGCCGGAACUCAGCGUCACGCAAUACCUCUGGCAGGACUACCACAGGUGGCCCGACAAGAAAGCCAUCACGUGCGCGGAGACGGGGCACAGCCUGACGUACGGCGAAGUGCGCGACCAGUGCCGGCGGCUGGCCUGGGCCCUGCUGUCGGAGCUGGGCAUGCAGCCGGGGGAGGUGCUGGGCAUCGUGCUGCCCAACAGCCCCGAGUUCCUGGUCGCCGUCCACGGCGCGCUCGAGGCCGGCCUCGUCGUCACGUUCGCCAACCCCGCCUACACCGCCGAGGAGGUGUGCCGGCAGUUCCGGGACAGCGGCGUGCGCUGCCUGGUGACGACGUUCUCGCGGCUGGUGCCCCUGGAGGAGGUGCGCCAGCAGCUGGGCCCGCGCUUCCGCGGCACCAUCGUGGUGGACGGCGGCGCGCCCGGCGCGCACAACUGGAGCCGCCUGCUGUCGCGGGCCUCCCCCGUGGCGCUGCCGCCGCCGGGGAAGCCCCAACAGCUCGCAGUGCUGCCAUACUCCAGCGGCACCACCGGCCUGCCCAAGGGCGUCUGCCUCUCCCACUACAACCUGGUCGCCAACCUGCAGAUGUUCAACCACCCCAGGCUGCUCUUCUUCCAGCCCACAACAGCCAGCUACCAAGAGGUGGUGCUGAGCAUCCUGCCCUUCUACCACAUCUACGGCUUCAACAUCAUCCUCAACCUCACUGUGUCACUCGGCAUCCACAAUGUCACCUUGCCCAAGUUUACUCCUGCCAGUUUUGUCAAAGCCCUAGAGGAUUACAAGCCAACUAUGAUGUUUGUCGUUCCAUCAUUACUGUUGUUCCUGGCAACACACCCGAUGGUGAAACCGGAGCACCUGGCGAGCCUGAAGAUGAUAAUGAGUGGUGCGGCUCCGGCCAAGGAGAGCCUCAUCCAGAAGUUCCUCGACAAGGCCGGCCACGACGUCUUCGUUGGUCAAGGCUUUGGGAUGACUGAAUCGUCUCCUGUGGUGACCGUGAUGCCCCUGGACAGGCCCACCAGCAAGUAUGACAGCUGUGGCCAACUGGCCCCUGGUACGAAGGCUCGCAUCGUCUCGCUGAAGGACGGCACCGACCAGGGUCCUGGAGAAACUGGCGAGCUCCUCGUAAAGGGUCCACAGGUCAUGAUGGGAUACUUCAACAACGAGAAAGCGACCCGAGAAACAAUUGACAGUGACGGGUGGCUCCACACGGGCGAUGUUGCGUACUACGAUGAGGACGGCUAUUUCUACAUUGUAGACCGCACGAAGGAGCUCAUCAAAGUCAAAGGAAACCAGGUGUCACCAACAGAACUCGAGAGCAUCAUCAUGGAGUUGCCUGAAGUAGCAGAUGUUGCAGUGGUUGGUAUGCCAGAUGAGAUUAGUGGAGAGGUGCCAAAGGCAUUCAUCGUACUCAAAUCUGAGCAGAAGUUGACGGCCGAGGCUGUCGAAGAACACGUAACUCCCCGAGUCGCCCGUUAUAAACGCCUUGCUGGCGGUGUAGAGUUUAUCAGUGAAAUUCCACGCAAUCCAUCUGGUAAAGUACUGCGUGCUCAACUGAGAGAUGGCUCAUGGAAGAAUAAAAAGGAAGAUGGACUAGUAUAAAUUAACAUAAGAGAAAUGCAGCCGUUACAUUCUGUUCCAGCUUUCACUGUGAGAAUCUGUUGUAUUGUUUAUAAAUCAAAUGAACUAAGAUAUGAACUGUUGAUUUACACAGUUUGAUGCUGCAGACAAGGCUGUUGUUUGGAGUUAACCUGGUGCUACAUGUGUGUUCUGGUGCAUUUGCAGGCAAUGUAAGUUAUACUGAAAUAUCAGUCAAGAACAUGUUUCACCCAAAAUGAACACAUCCCUAGGCUAUUCUUUGAGUAUUUAUGUUAUAAACAAGCAGAGAGGAAUAGAAGUUUCAGACAUUUAUGUAAUACUUGUGUAAUUAUUAUUUUUGUCUGCCACUAUAUUUGAAUGGAAGGUUGUUAUUUGUUUCAGCACAACUGUGAACCUGUUUGACAAGAAAAAAGUGGAACAAAUUUUAAUUUCCACUUAUAUUUUCAUUUACCACUGUAGCAAGAAAAUAAUACUGUCUGUUCUCCAUACAGAAAGCUCUGCUGUUCAGUAUUAUAAGAAAUAUUACAUUCUGAAUGCAUCCCCUGAUACAAAUUAUGAAAUGUGAUAUUUGAGAAGACAAAUUUUGUUGACUACAUUCAGUCGUAUACUUUAUAUUUCACAGUGUACGAUGACAAGACCUUAUGAAAAUCAGUAAGUCUUCCAGGCCAGUACUUAUUACAGAUGAUCUUUGUGUAAUAAAUUUGUUUCUUUCCCUAUUACUUGUUCUUAUGUUCGAUGUUACUGUAUUAUUAUGUUAUUGAAGUCAUUCCUUUUUUAUAGUUAAUUCAGUAGCUAUUUUUUAUUUUCUGUGUAUGUUUUCUAAUUAUAUGAAUAGAGCUGUUUAUUUGUAUAUGUUUAUGUACAUAUGGUGUGUAAGUAAUCAACACAUAAAUGUAAAAAUUAUUUUUAUUAUCACACAUCACUGGUAGUCUUUCUGUCAGUGUUAUAAUGUUGUAUAUAUGCAAUGUGUGUUACGUAAUUUGGUACAAAUAAAGGUAUGUAUAAACCA